AUGCCCGACGUCGAAGAGCCCUCCCAGCCUCGUCAGAAGCGCACUCUAAGUCCAGAUCCAGAAUCCUACUCCUCCGUAUCAACGAAUAUAUACUCCGACGUCCUUUCGUUUAAAGGGGCCAAGGAGGUCUUCAACAUCGACGACACCUUCAUCAGAGCCCUACUGACGUCCAGCGAAGUGCGAUACCAGCUCUCGACGACGCUAGACACACCGCUCCGCUUCGAGGAAGACAGAGCUCUCUACACGAUCCACAAAGACUCCUCUAAUAGCGUCGUCCGCGUCGUGGGCUUAGAGAGCGAGACCCGCAUCGACUGCAUAUUCAAACGGUGGCGGAUGUACCAUGUCACUGAGAACAAGAACAUUGAUAUGCUAGACAAGGUGGGGCAGAAGGGUUUGGAGUGGGAAGACGAGGCGGGUAGAGUUGUUGCAAAGGAGACAUUCCACUCGGGGGACCGGUAUGAUUUGUGGCCGUAUGUGUUGAAGCUGGAUGCGGAUAUAGACGAGAAGAGUACGGAUCUCCUGGUAGCGUGCUGGGUGGACACGAGGUGGUAUUGGGGCUGGGACAACAGCGCAGUUCGUUUGUAG